ACAUGAACGUGUUGUUGUGGGAGGAGCUCCACCACGAUGAUCUUCCAGUACGCCAGCUCACACAGCACAUUGCAAGAAUGGCCGGGGACAGUGAGGCAAAUCUGAGGGAUAGUGAGGAGAACACCGAUGUUAUUCGACAACCUUUUCUCAUCGGUGUCUCCGGAGGCACCGCCAGUGGCAAGUCAUCUGUAUGUGAGAAGAUCAUGGAGCUGCUGGGACAGAACAAAAUUGACCACCACCAGCGGCAGGUGGUGAUCCUCAGCCAGGACAGCUUCUACAAGGUGCUGACUCCAGAGCAGAAGGCCAAGGCACAAAAAGGCCAGUUCAACUUUGAUCAUCCAGAUGCCUUUGACAAUGAGUUGAUCCUGCAAACACUCAGACAGAUCCUGCAGGGGAAGACUGUCCAGAUUCCAGUUUACAACUUUGUCACUCAUUCCAGGGAAGAAGAGUUUGUUACGGUUUAUCCGGCUGACGUGGUCCUGUUUGAGGGCAUCCUCAUAUUCUACUCGCAGGAAAUAAGAGAUCUGUUCCAAAUGAAGCUGUUUGUCGACACAGACCCAGACACACGGCUCUCACGCCGAGUUCUAAGAGACAUCAGUGAGCGUGGGAGAGAGCUGGAGCAAGUGCUGAAUCAGUACAUUACUUUUGUGAAACCAGCCUUUGAGGAGUUCUGUUUACCUACAAAGAAGUAUGCAGAUGUGAUUAUUCCACGAGGAGCAGAUAACCUUGUGGCCAUCAAUUUGAUAGUACAGCACAUCCAAGACAUUCUGAAUGGAGGGCUAAGCAAGCGCCAAAACGGCUGUGUAAACGGCAACAGUACUCCACGUCAGCGGCGGACCUCCGAGUCAAGCAGCCGGCCUCAUUGACAUCAUCACACCUCUCUUCCCGGGACGGAGAGGGGUGUGGGGGUUGUGUUGUAAAUAAUGCCUCUUGGCAUCAGUGUAUUUAAGGGGGGGGAAGAGAUGCAAAAAUGAUUGAAAUGCCUUUUAUUAUGACUGCUUGUAGUUCCUUUCAGUGUAAUUGAGCUCGGGCUUUAGAUUUUUGUCAGGAGGGUCAAAGAAGAUCUGUUGUACCUGUGAUGAAACCAAGGGUUAAAGUUGACCUCAUGCAUUUUCCUCCCAGAUUGUUUUAUGUUUUUUUUGUGUGUGUGUAUCCCCUGCUGCUCUAUGGAAAUUCAUGCUGAUAAUGAAUAAAAGAGGGGGAAUGUCUUUUUUUUUUCUCCCCCCCUCUAAAUGUCUGAUAAAACUUGAAACCCUAACGACUGGGAAGUCUGUUAACUGUUUGGGUUGGGUUCCAAACAAAAGGAGGCAGAUUAGAAGAUGACCUGAACAAACCAGGAUUGCACUCAGUAUUUGUACUGACAGUCUCCUGUUAAGUGUUUUAAGUUCCCUCAUUGUGUUGUUUAGUGUAAUGGGCUACACUAGAAGUCUAUUUACUGCCAGAUUUCACCACAUUAUUUAUGCAUGUCUGCAGCAGCAGAAACACUACAUGGUUUCUCAGUACUGAUGAUCACAUGUAGAAUAAUGUGACUGCCAUACCAAUGAAGCCAAAGGCCGCAAGUUUCAGGUGACUACUGUAUGAACUCGGUCCUUUGUUGUGCGUAUUGUUACUUUCUUUUUUUGAUACUUCUCCCCUAUAAUUUAUGGCCUGUGUAU